CACUCUGAAUGUGAUUGUUACCAAACACUGAUUUUUUCUACAGCAGUUGAUCUGAAUCGCGCAAAGUUGAAAAGCCCUAAGAAGGUAUGGCUCACACGUGUAUUCACUGGUUCCGCAAGGGACUCAGGUUGCAUGACAACCCAGCUUUGAUGGCUGCUCUCAAGGACUGUAAGCAGCUGUACCCUGUGUUCAUACUGGACCCUUACCUCCACAACAACGCGUGUGUGGGUAUCAACCGCUGGAGGUUCCUCAUUGGAGCGCUGAAGGACCUUGACGGAAGCCUCAGGAAGCUCAACUCUAGGCUGUUUGUUGUGAGAGGGAAGCCAGAAGAUGUGCUCCCCAAGUUAUUCACCAAGUGGAAAGUAACCAGGCUGACCUAUGAGUAUGACACAGAGCCCUACAGCCUGCAGCGCGACAGCAAAGUGACGUCACUGGCCAAAGAACGUGGAGUUGAAGUCAUCUACAAAGUCUCACACACUCUUUAUAAUAUUGAAAGAAUAAUUGAGGAAAAUAAUGGAAAACCCCCACUUACCUAUACCAAGUUGCAAGCAAUAGCGAAGACGAUUGGUCCCCCUAAGAGACCAAUCCCUGCUCCAACCAUGGACGAUAUGAAAGAUGUAAAGACACCAUCCUCAGAAAACCACGAGAAGGAAUAUGGGAUUCCUACACUGGAGGAGCUCGGCCUGGACACUGCUCCUCUUGGAGAGGAUCUGUUUCCAGGAGGAGAACAGGAGGCUCUCAGGAGACUAGAUGAACAUAUGAAAAGAACGAAAUGGGUCUGCACCUUUGAGAAGCCACAGACUUCUCCAAACUCUUUGAGCCCCAGUACAACUGUUCUCAGUCCCUAUGUCACCUUUGGAUGCUUAUCAGUCAGAACCUUCUGGUGGAGACUCACAGAGGUGUAUAGAGGGAAUAAACACUCAGAUCCUCCAGUUUCUCUGCAUGGCCAGUUACUCUGGAGAGAGUUCUUCUACACAGCCAGUUUGGGCAUUCCUAGCUUUAACAAGAUGGAGGGUAACAGCGUGUGUACUCAGGUGGACUGGGACACAAACACUGAUUAUCUAGCUGCUUGGAGAGAGGCUCGGACUGGUUACCCCUUCAUUGAUGCUAUCAUGACUCAGCUCAGGCAAGAGGGCUGGAUCCACCACCUGGCCAGACAUGCUGUUGCUUGUUUCCUUACUAGGGGAGACCUCUGGAUCAGCUGGGAAGAAGGGCAGAAGGUGUUUGAGCAGCUUUUAUUAGAUGGCGACUGGGCUUUGAAUGCUGGAAAUUGGCAGUGGCUAUCAGCGAGCACCUUCUUCCACCAGUAUUUUAGGGUUUACUCUCCAGUGGCCUUCGGGAAGAAGACAGACAAAAAUGGAGACUACAUCAGGAAGUACCUCCCUCUUCUGAAGAAGUUCCCAGCAGAAUAUAUCUAUGAACCUUGGAAAGCUCCACGCAGUAUCCAGCAGGCAGCAGGAUGUAUUGUGGGUAAAGACUACCCACAUCCCAUUGUACAGCACGAAGUGAUCAGCAAGAAAAAUAUUCAGAGGAUGAAACUUGCUUAUGCCAAGAGAUCCCCAGAGUCACCUAGCAAAAGCAAAGGUGUAAAGCGGAAGGCUCCAUCCAUUGAAAUUAUCAAGAAGAAAGCAAAAGUAAAGUAAUUAGAAAUCAUGUUCACGUUUUGGUAUCUUUCCAGUACUUUAGUUUUAUCUCAGUCCACAGUUUUCUAUAUUGUGUUUUUAUUGGGAUUUUCAUUGGUUAUUUUUUUAUAUCAUUAUUAUUGUUACUUUUUAUGUUGUAUUUAUGUCAGUGUUUAAAAGUCCCUCUUGGAUUUAAAAAAGGUCAGGUGAGAGACUGCACAGAGAUUAGGUCAUGUUUUCUAAAGGUUAAUAACCUUGUGUCAAAUUGUUAUUAUGUUACAUAGGGAAAAAAAUAAGCAGGUCUGAAUGUCUCCAUGUUAGAAGGGUGUAAAAAUAGACUUAAGUUAAAAAACAAAAUUAAUGCAGACAGUAAAUAUGGUAGAUAUGCAUUAACUUUAAUGGUUCGGUCAGUUCGCCCACCAUACAAUUCAAGGAGCACAUCAGAAAAUAGUACAUUAAUUAUAGACAAUGAAAGAAUGGUUCUAAAAAAAUAGAAAAUCAAGAAAAGUGGAAAAUUUAAAGUUUUAAAUCUUGGAUAAGAUAAUCCAACAUCUCAGUUUGAUUGACAUCAGACAUCAAUUGUAUUGUGUCAGUUUGUUGACAUUUGCAAACAAACUGACACAAUUUACACAUGAUUUGUUUAUGAGUCAGAUUGUAUCACUGUCAAAUAAGAUUCUUGUUAUAUUAAUAAUAAGCAUACACUUCUGUCUUCUAUCUGCUGCCAUUAAAAUAAAAAAAUCUUACACUUAGAACUUGGACGUGACUACACAGAGGAUUGUGUCCAAUCGUACAGCUGUCUCAUAUACUCAAAACUAAGACAACUGUUUAGGUGAAAUGAUCUUUUCAGCUCAUUUUAUCAGCUUGCAAAGUUUUAUGUCAUUUCCAUAUCAUUCAAAAUUGUUGCUCUUUAAUAAAAUGUCAAAAUGGAAAAUUAAUAUUGUGUCUUAACUAAUAAAAUGUGUGGGUCCUAAAA